AUGUGGUGGAGGACGUACAGACAGACGAUAAAAAUACCACCUCUAACGGAGCACCAUCGACGUUAUCUGGAGGAUGUGGGUGCUCUUCUUGAACUACCGAGGACGACCAUUGAGGCACUCCUACCAGUCUACAACUCUCUUCUAGACGACCUUAUUCCCAUCAUGGAUGGUUCUAGUGUGCUCCGCGAUUUCAGCAACGGCCAAGCCUCUAGAUACUUGCUAAGGGCAAUAUGUCUUGUCAUCUGCAAAGCGAAACAGGCUGCUCCAUUUCUACGGCUGGCCGACGGCGGACCACUUCUGAGCCACCAAAUAUUCGCAUCAAAGCUACUCGACGGCCUCGAUGCAGCCAUCAAGGCGAACCUUGAGUCAAACAGGGUUAUCAAAAUCCAGAUCUUAGCGUUGAUGCACCUCCACAAUGACGGCCGAGGCGGCGUUGACCGCUCCUCGAUGUAUUUGACACAGGCUAUCAGGGAGGCAUGGUCAAUGUCGUUACAUUUGAAGAUGCCAGAGAACUCAGAUGAGGACCUUGACUAUCUGUGGUGGUCGCUUCGGAACUUUGACCGGCUCAACAAGCCUACCAUGGGAGCAGGGCCUUUCAUCAUCGAUGACACUGACAUUUCCAUCGACCGUAUUGCUCCAAGGAGAGAAAGCUAUAGGUCUCAGGUUCUUCACAUCUCCCUAGUAUUGGGAGACCUCACAGUCAAGGCAACCAAGGUCUACAAGGCGAGCUCCACAUCAACCGUUGAUGACUGCGAGGAUUUUCCUUCUCUAUUAGAACUCACAUCAGGCACCACAUUCGAUCGUUUUCACAGAUCUCAUAGAGGCUAG